AUGCAUAAUAGGUUUGAAAAAUUUACGUCCAAUUCUUCUGAAAGUCCACAUAUUGGCCUGGAUAAUAAAUCUGAGCAAGCUAAAUGUAAACGUUCGUUAAGAACACUAUAUCUUGAUAAUAAAAAAUCAAGUGCAGAUGCAUUUCCGGAUUAUGUUGUUAGAGCUGUAGAGGCUAAACAUAGGCGCAAGUUAAGCAAACUAUACCUUGAUAGUAAGAGAUCAAAGAUUACUAAAAAAUUCAUUUCUAGAGGUGGUGCUUCGACGUCGUCAUCAUCAACACGAAUCCUUUUAAAUAACAAAGAGAAUUUAACUCCCAAUAUUUCAAUCACAACCUUUCCUACCGAAUCUUCAACUGUUAUUGGGACAAGUAAUCAUUUAAAUUCGUCCGUUAAUGUAAGAUCUUCCAUAAUUACACAAUCAAUUACACAAUCUACUUUGAAGAACAAAGGAAAUGUACUACAAGAUCAGUUUACAACACUCAACCGUACACCAUUUGCAAACAUAGCAAACAUAAUCCCAGCAAAUAAUUCUAAUUAUUUGAGUAAUGUAGCUUAUUCAUCUGGAGCAUUUUCAAACCAGAAUAGAAACACAAAUGUUUUGCAAGAUUCUUCUACCUCAACAGGACCAAUGACGAGGUCAAACAAAGAAAACAUAACACCAAAUUCGUGUAUUACAAACAUACGUUCUCAAGUUCAAAUUGUACCGCAUUUUUCUAAUGCUAUGUCUUCUUUGAAUCGUAUAUCACCUGAUAAUAUAGCAAGCUCAUCAACUUUACCAUUGAAUGACUGCUAUUCUCUGAAUCCCAGAAUAACCAAUAAACGUAACAUAACAUCUUUGACCUCUGAAUCUAGCUCGAUAAAAAAGAUGUCUUCUGGAAAGCGUAGACUUAUUCAUAAACCAAUUGAAAUAGAACCCAUACCAAUGGGUGUUCUUGAUUCUGAUGAUGAAAAUCAUGUUAACGAGGUUGUGUUAGACGCCACCAAAGGCGUAUCUAAAGAUUACGUUGACCAUGGUGACCAAUCUCUUACGUGUGGUUUAUGCUUUGCAAAGUUAUGGCCAACCGAAGGUGGAAAGGGUCGCAUUACACUUCAAAAGCAAACAUAUAGCUUAUGUUGUGGAUAUGGUAAAGUUGACUUGCCUGAAUAUAAAGAUUCUGAUCCAUCUUAUCAGAUGCUUUUUCGCUGUUUAGAUCACGAAAGCAAGUUUUUCUUAAAGAACAUAAGGCGUUACCAUUCUAUGUUUUCCUUUACUUCAAUGGGAGGAAAAGUAGAUACUAAAAUAAACAAAGGUAAUGCUCCAUUUGUUUAUAGAAUCAUUGGUCAGAAUGCACAUAGUAUGGGUAGUCUUCUUCCUAAGCAUGGAGCCCAGCCAAAAUUUUCACAGCUUUAUAUCUAUGAUACUGAGAAUGAGCUUGCUAAUAGGGAGUUGUUAUUCAGUGAUUCUUCAAGCAAAGCAUCUUUAAGGGCAAAGGAACUUGAUGUUAAAUUUAUAAAGUUUAUAACGAACAUGUUAGAUUCUACAAAUAUGUUGGUUAAAACUUACAGGAUGGUACGAGACCAUCUCCAUGAGAAUCCUAAUGUUACCCUUAAACUUCGUAUAAUCUCACAGAGAGAUCGAGACGGUAGGACUUACAAUUUACCUACGUGUUCUGAAGUUGCUGCUUUGAUAGUUGAUGAACCUGAUCUCAAGAUAGAAAGCCGAGAUAUUAUUGUCGAAAAGCGUUCCGGAGAUCUUAAGCGCAUUAGCGAGUUACAUCCUUCUUAUCUUGCUCUACAGUAUCCAAUUCUUUUUCCGUAUGGAGACGAUGGAUAUAGGAUUAACAUUCCUCAUAGGGAUUUUGGUCCUAAUACAAAGAAGACAAGACCAACUUGUACUAUGAGGGAGUUUUUUGCUUUUAGAAUUCAGGAUAGGCAUAACAAGUUUUCUCUAAUUCUUAAUGCAAGAAGGUUGUUUCAGCAGUUUUUAGUCGAUGCGUAA